CACCCCCAUCCCUCCCCUCCUUUUGUUGCGUUGAGGUGCGCCGCACAUACGAUCUCUCCCCGCGCGCGCACACACACAUACUCACACGCGCACACACAAACAUACACAGACACACGAACGCUCACUCCCAGACACAAACGCAUCCAUCCCACGCUGCGUGCGGCACACGAGAGGCUCUUCUCGCGGACGCGCGUCACCGGCUCUUCCGUCCUGCGCGCGCGCUCUCUUUUCCCGGGAUGUGAUGCGCCUCUCUGUCCUCGUCUCUCUAAUAACCGCCGCGAGCGGUGAAGACUGACGGAGCGGCGGCGGCUCGGCACCAUGCGCGCGCAGCCCCGGCGCGCGGAGCGGAGGCAGGCCGGACAGCGCGGACGGACGGCGCGAGCCGCGCAGCGCUCCUGAGCUCAUUACCGGACCCGAGACCGGAGCGCAAUCAUGCCGGUGCGGCGCGGUCAUGUGGCCCCGCAGAACACGUUCCUGGGGAUUAUCAUCCGCAAAUUCGAGGGUCAGAAUAAGAAAUUUGUGAUAGCGAAUGCACGAGUGCAAAACUGUGCCAUCAUCUUCUGCAAUGAAGCGUUCUGCGAGAUGACAGGCUUCUCGCGGCCGGACAUCAUGCAGAAGCCCUGCACGUGUGACUUCCUCCACGGUCAGCUGACCACGCGCCAUGCUGUGGCCCAGAUAGCCCAGGCCCUGCUGGGCUCAGAGGAGCGGAAAGUGGAGAUCACCUACCACCGAAAGGACGGUUCUGAUUUCCUGUGUAACACCCAUAUCAUCCCAGUGAAGAACGAGGAGGGCGUGGUCAUCAUGUUCAUACUCAGCUUCGACUAUGUCCUGGAGGAGGGCAGCAUGGAGUCUCUGGAACAUCUCAACCACACUUCACCAUCUAAACCCCAGAACAGAAAAGGCCGCUUUUUCCGUUUCCGCCUCCCUGUGCCGCUGAGCAUGCUGGGAGUCAGUAAGCAGUCUCUCCCGCAGGAGGAUCCGGAUGAGGUAACCGUGCACUCCCCCGAGCGGAUCGAGCCGCGCUCCUCCUGCUCAUCCUCUCUCUCGCUGUCACUCUCCCCUCACGAGCUCCGCCCACCCACUGCUGAAAGCUGCAGCCCCUCCUACGGCAACGACACCAGAGCUCUGAUUGGCCAGAGCCUGCUUGGCUCAUCCUCACCUGUCUCUGGACCGCAGGACCACUCUUCCCCACGAUCGCCGUGGGAGAGGACGGGGCCCCACGGGUCUGUGGGCACUCGGUCCGCCUCCGGAGGGCAGUCCCGCGGGAGCGUGUGCACACUGCGCAGAGCCUCAUCCACCCACGACCUGGAGGGCUUCAGCGCACAGGUGGAGAGGACGUACCGGGACCGGCACGCCAGCGAAGACAAUGGUCGUAAUAUUAAAGUAUCGCGCUCUUGGAUGGCUGGGGGGCCGUUUAACCAGAUCAAAUGCAGUCUUCUGGGCUCCACGUCCGACUCGAACCUCACUAAAUACAGCACCAUCAAUAAGAUCCCCCUCAUCACGCUCAACUUCUCCGAAACAAACAACGAAAAGCGUCCGCCGUCGCCCUCCUCCUCCGAGAAAACCAUCAUAGCACCAAAGGUCAAGGAUCGCACGCACAAUGUUACAGACAAGGUCACACAGGUGCUGUCGCUAGGCGCUGACGUGCUUCCAGAAUACAAGCUCCAAACGCCACGCAUCGACAAGUUCACCAUUCUGCACUACAGCCCCUUCAAGGCGGUGUGGGACUGGCUGAUCCUGCUGCUGGUGAUCUACACGGCCAUCUUCACGCCCUACAGCGCCGCCUUCUUGCUCAACGACAUGGAGGAGCAGAAGCGGCGCGAGUGCGGGUACUCCUGCAGCCCCCUCAACGUGGUGGACCUGAUCGUGGACAUCAUGUUCAUCGUGGACAUCCUCAUCAACUUCCGCACCACCUACGUCAACGCCAAUGAGGAGGUGGUCAGUCACCCGGCCAAAAUCGCAGUGCACUAUUUUAAAGGCUGGUUCCUCAUAGAUAUGGUGGCGGCCAUUCCCUUUGAUCUUCUCAUUUUUCGAUCAGGGUCGGAGGAGACCACGACUCUCAUUGGUUUGCUGAAGACAGCUCGGCUCCUGCGAUUGGUGCGCGUGGCUCGUAAACUGGACCGUUACUCAGAGUACGGUGCUGCGGUGCUCAUGCUGCUCAUGUGUAUCUUCGCGCUGAUCGCUCACUGGCUGGCCUGUAUCUGGUACGCCAUCGGUAACAUGGAGAAGUCCUAUCUGGAGCACACUAUCGGCUGGCUGGACAAUCUGGGCGUGUCCAUCGGGAAGCAGUACAACUGCAGCGACCCCUUCUCCGGCCCAUCGAUCAAAGACAAGUAUGUUACAGCGCUCUAUUUCACGUUCAGCAGUCUGACCAGCGUGGGCUUCGGAAACGUCUCCCCAAACACCAACUAUGAGAAGAUCUUCUCCAUCUGCGUCAUGCUCAUCGGCUCCCUGAUGUACGCCAGCAUUUUCGGGAACGUGUCGGCCAUCAUCCAGCGGCUGUACUCGGGAACAGCACGCUACCACCUGCAGAUGCUCCGGGUCAAAGAGUUCAUCCGCUUCCACCAGAUCCCCAACCCGCUCCGGCAGAGGCUGGAGGAGUACUUCCAGCACGCCUGGACCUACACCAACGGCAUCGACAUGAACAUGGUGUUGAAGGGUUUUCCAGAGUGUCUUCAGGCUGAUAUCUGCCUGCAUCUCAACCAGUCUUUGCUGCAGAGCUGCAAGGCCUUCCGCGGGGCCAGUAAAGGGUGUCUGCGGGCGCUGGCCAUGCGCUUUAAGACCACUCACGCCCCACCGGGUGAUACCUUGGUGCAUUCGGGGGACAUACUCACUGCCCUGUACUUCCUGGCUCGCGGAUCCAUAGAGAUCCUGAAGGACGACAUAGUAGUUGCAAUUUUAGGAAAGAACGACAUAUUUGGUGAGAUGGUCCAUCUUUAUGGCAAACCCGGGAAAGCCAACGCUGACGUGCGGGCGCUCAGCUACUGUGACCUCCACACCCUGGAAAGAGAGGAGCUGCUGGAGGUGAUGGACAUGUACCCAGAGUUCGCCGACUACUUCUGGUCUAACCUGGACCUCACCUUCAACCUGCGUGAUGAGAACACCAAGAGUACUGCCCGCCAGAGGAACCUGUACACUGCAGUGAGUGACUCAGACCAUGAGGAGCCAAACGGCAGACCUAAAUCCUGCUUUAGGACCAAGUCGUACACAGGCACUCCAAACCAACAGCGAGAGGUGGAGAGCGAAAGAGGUGGAGACACACACCCUCUCCAGCAGCAGGAGGAAGAGGUGGAGGAGGAGCAGGAGGACAGCGAGGAUGAGGAAGUGAAGGAGGAGAAGAUAAAAGGCGAGAAAAAGGAGGAUGCGAGGGAAGAGAAGAAGAACCUGGGAUUGGGGGUGCUGGGCCACUCCCUCAAUUUCAAUCUGAACACCUUUGACGACUCGCAUACUAAAGAGUGCGCUGGGAGCGCUGCUUUUUACAACGAUGUGUGUGCUGACGAAUGGCCUUGUGGGAACGUCGAUGACUCAGCACAAUCUCAGGACAGGGAGGGCGGGGCAGACUGCGAAAGUGACAUCACGUUCGGGGAAAUGGAGCAACGGCUGGACUUGCUGCAGGAACACCUGAACAGGCUGGAGGUGCAGAUGACGUCUGAUAUCCAGGCGAUCCUGCAGCUGCUGCAGAGGCAGAGUGCGCUGGGACCCCCGGCGUACAGCACUGUAGCCUCCAGCCCGGAAUACCACAAACCAGCCAUCAGAGUGCAGCCGGUCACUGCUAUACAGACACAGAGUUCUGAUUUAGAAAAGCCUGACGACAAAUCCAAAGACUCCACGCUCACUUCUGCCAUGGACACGAGCUCUGAUGUAAGUAUGGUGGCCCCAUUGGUGCGGGACUCGGAGUGGAAGGAGGAGCUCGGACUCGGGAAGCAGGGGGAAGACGAGCCCUCUGAUUCGCCGCACCGAAGAGCUCUCCAGCUGUCAAUCAGACAGGCUUCCCUCCCCGACUCGUCUCCUAGCAACGACGGAACACUGGGGCUCCGCAGGCCUCGCUCUGAUCCUGGACUUCCCGGGAAGUAGCUUUCAUCAUGUCAAUAAGCAGGAUUAUAAUGCAUUAUAACACAGAUAUUAAUUUAAUAAGAUCAUAGGUUAUAGGCCUGUCACAAUAAUUACAUUAUUGACUUAUCAUACAGUGUAGAGACAUCACCUCAAUAACUUCUGCUCAUUGUGUUUCAUUAAUGAGAAGAGCCAAUAAACAAAUGAAUAAGUUGGAUUACCAACUUUUUAGCUUUUUAAAAGCAGUAGCAUCUAUUUGAAAUAUUUCAGACACUGAAAUUGAAAUAUAUUUCAAUGCCAUUCUCUGAAACAUUUUUAAUAGGUAAAAGUUUAUUUCUGUAUAAAAAAUAAUGUAAUCCUGCAUCAUUAUAGCUUUUUUUUAGUAUUACAAUAAUAAUAAUAAUAAUAAUAAUACAAUUAUAAAAUGUAGUUCAAAAUGAUAUUCAUGCCCAGACAGGUUAACAAAACAUCAACAAAUUAAACCAACAAGCAAAAGAAGCUUAUAUGUAACUUAAAAGGCAAAAUUAGCAAAAUGAAUAAAGUACAGACUAAAAUUAAAAUCAUUAAAACAAACAAAACAAUAAAGAAAAAAGAAUAGCAAUUAAAUGUAAUAAAAUGCAAAUAGCAAAAAAAGGUUAGCUAAAAGAUAAUAAUAUUUAUAAAAGAAUACAGAUUAAUUUGAAAACCAUUUAACAGAAGUAUAAAAUGCCGAGUGGUCGAGCGAUCCACUAUGAUUGGGAGAUCACUGGUUCGAAUCCUGUUCAUGCAGCUUUCCGUCUGCUGCUGGAGCCCCGAGAGAGCACAAUUGGUGCCCUUGCUCUCACUCCAAAGAGUGAUGUGGAUCAGCAUUAGGCGUCUGUGAGCUGAUGUAUCAGAACCAAGUCGCUGCGCUUUCCUCCGAGUGCGCUGUGAUGCUACUCGGAAAUGCUGCAUCAGCAUUAAUGCUAAACUGGUUUGAUAUGGUCAUGUUUUUAGUAUUGUUAUAAAAUCACAAUUAUUACUAAUACAACACACUGCAGAACAAAAAAAGAUUAUCGUGACAGGCCUACAUGGUCAUGAAUGAACCAAGAACUGACUACAAGAUGACCUGAAGAUUAUUCAAUCCUGAUGAUUCCUCAGCCGUCUAUAGCCAGAGCUCUGCUCAGAGUCUUUCAUUUGUUCUAUUAUGUUGAAGCACAUCCUUGCCUUCAUAUGGAUUGUCAGAAAGCCUGGCUCGGCUGGGAAUAACAGGUUAAAGCAGGUGGAUCAGAUGGUUUGUAAUAUGUGUUAUGUGUGUUAAGUAAUUUCUGUUAUAAUGCAUUAUAAACAUGUCUUUAAACAGGAAAGGUAAAACUUUCUAUGAAUGUUCUAUUCAUAAUGCAUUAUUAAUACAUUUGCAAUGCAUAGUAUGGCAUACAUAAUAACUUAACCAAUGUCAAAAGCCUGUAUAAUAACUCAUAAGUACUUACAGAAACAUACAUAACACGUUAUGAAGUAUGAGCAUGUGACAUUAUAUUCAUUCAUGUAAACACAGGUUUAGUACGUUUUAAAUUACAGCUUAGAAUUAGAUUACACAGCUGUCUGAUUUUUAAAAUGAUAAAAUUAUGCUAACAUUAUAAAGCUUUUUACAAGGUAAAAAUAUGUAAAGGAAUUUUAACAGGAAAGGAUUUCCAUUAUACAACAUAAUGCCUAAAAAAGCAUCAUAAUGGCUCUUUAUUGGCUCAGUAAUAUAAUUAUAUUUAAAGAAUUGUUCAUUUAAAUAAAAAAUGUACUGACCUUAAACAAAGUGAAAAAGUCACAUCUUACAUUUACAAAAAAAGACAUACAUGUACACAUAUGUUUUUAUUAUGAGGUAUUAUGAAAUCUACCAGUACCAGUCAAAAGUUUGGACAUGUCUUAAAUUCAGUGUUUUUUCAUUAUUUUAAAAUUUGCUAGCUGCACUGUAGAUUAAUACUUAAGUCAUCCAAACUGUGUAGAAAAAAAAACAUAUGGAAUUAUUCAGUAAAUUAACAAGAAUGUAUGUUUUAUAUGUUAUAGAUUCUUCAAAGUAGCAUCUCUUGCUUAGAUGACAGCUUUGCACAUCUUCAGCUUUAUGAGGUAGCCAUACCUGGAAUGGUGAAAUGGUAAAGGUUUCAGGUCUCUUAAUGUGUUUGAGAGCAUCAGUUGUAAAGUUGUAAAGAGGUAGAGUUGGUGUAAAGUGAACAGACCAAAUUGAGUAAUGUUCUAAUCCAUAUUAUGGCAAGAACUACUCAACUAAGUAAAGAAAAAACAACCUAUUUAAGAAAUAAAGGUCAGUCAAUACGAAAAAAGUUUAAGUUACAGCCGUUACAAAGACUAUCAAAAGCGUUAUGAUGAAACUGGCACUCAUCAGGAUCGCCCCAGAAAAGGGGAGUUACCAGCCUCAGAAACCACAAGUUAACAGAGCCUCAGAUAAGUAUUGUGGUUUAUUUAACACAUUAAUAUUAAUACAUGAUUCCUUAAGUGUUCCUUCAUAGUCUGGAUGACUUCAGUAUUCAUUUAUAAUGCAGAUUGAUGGUGUACGUCACUUUAAGUACUAAUGAGUUAGUACACAAGCAUACAAGCUUAUGACCAUCAUUAUAAGGUGUUAUGUAUGCCAAAUAACGCAUUAAACAAUACAGAAUUCGUAGAAAGGAUUACCACAAGAAGAGCUACCCCAGGAUCACUGGGAGUCGUCUCUGAUUGAACACUGGAAACCAGCUCAGCUCAGCUCACGCUCGACUCAGGGUUUAAAGGAGUUUAAAGGUGAGGGAGGAGGUGGAGAGAGAGAGAAACUGAACUACUGUAUGCAAAGAACUAUAUAAAUAUAUAUAUAAUAUAUAUUAUCUUCCAAACAAUCUUAAUUUCCCACGUCAGCGAACACAGAUGUAAAAAAAAUCAAGAAUGCCGAAUGUAUUUCCCCAGUAUGAUAACAACACACGCUUCUAUACUGUGUAAAUAUAAUGAGUAUAAAUACAAAAUACAUCCUGGAUGGACCACAGCCAGAAAACAGGCGCACUGGACAUGCAACCGUAGCACCAGAGGAGAUGCAUGCUGGAAAGAAUGUGUUGUUUUUUUUUUGUCGCAUGUUUAUAUAUAUAUAUAUAUAAAAAAAGACUGGUCAUGCUGCUGUUCAGAUGACUCGGCAUGAUUUUCCUUUCUUGAAUAUCACUUUUAGUUUAAAGAAAAAGAAAAAUGAUAUUUAUAUUACUAUUCUCCUGGUAUUCAGGAGCAGGCUUUACUUGAACUGUAACUUUUAACCUAGGAAAAAAGGACUAUGGCAUCAUCUCAGAAUAUCAGAUUGAUCUUGUUUCUCCUUCUCUGACAUCGUUAUUAUAUCAUUAUUAAUGUCAUUAUUAAUCACGGGCUGUUUAUGCUAAACCACCCACCACAUCUGUACCCGCCUGUAGCCGGUCAACCCCCCUCGCGAGUAUUGCAAUAUUGUGCCUCAGUAUUGAGUGAAUUUGGUAGGAUUUUAUUGCUGCAUGUUGACUUUCGUUGUGUGUGUUUGAGGAACCCAGGCAUAUUCAUUUGGUUAUUUAUUAUUUUUAUUAUUUUAUUUAUUACCCUUUAAAUUGAGGAGGCUUACUGCGGAACAACCAUGGCUGUUAUAAGGUGUAAUAAGGUCUACUAGGAUGUAAUAGUCCCUACGCCACUACACAUUAAAAUAUAAAGGUGCUUCAAUGGGUUCUUUUUGCGUGAUGCCAACAAAGAACCAAAGAAUGUAAAAGCCCAGAAUAAUUCAGAAUGUUUUGGGAAAGCAUACUUUUUUCUGUUCAUUUUAUUGCAGACAGAAUGAACCCAAGAUUUAUUUAUAACUGCAUUUCAGACAUGCAACACAUUGCAAAAAAUCCCUGGGACCGCAAAUAAUUUUUUCUCACUUAAUCACUUAAAAGACAUUUGGCAAAAAGGAUAUUAAGCAACAUUCUUUAUUGAACUACAUCUUAAGGUUCUCCUUGUUUCAGAAUUGUACAAACAUACUCUAUUAGGGACAGGUCAGGACUACAGGCCAGUCCAGUUUGCUAACCCUCUUCUUUCAAAGCAAUGCAGCAUGUGGGUUUACAGUUUCCUCUGCUGAGAAGUGCUGGACAUGUUCAGGUAGCUGCACCAUUGAAAUAGCAAUCUGCCAGACAAAACCUGGCUCUUAAAGGGAUGUGUUGAUUGCUUUUUGAUGUUAUGCCCAAAACACACACAUGAUUAAUUAAGAGAAUUAGUUACAUGCCUUUUGCUUGUUUCGAGCCACUCAGUGCAUACUUUCCCCGUCGUUAUGAUAGCAAAGACACAUUGGCAUGUCCUAAACCAAGCUGCAUGAUGCGUAGCUAUAGUCUACUUGAAUAGAGCCCUCUUUCAUGUCUUGUAUGAAUACUGUUUUUGUACCAAAACCACAGUUUUUACCAUAUUACUAGCCCUAAAUUGCCUGCCUGUAAUGCAGGAAUGGAUGCAUAUAAAAAAACUGAAGUGGAACAGAUAAGACAUGAAAUAUCUUAAGUAAAUGUAAGAAAAAACUUAUUUUUUUCUAUUUUUUGAGUGGGUUGUGUUUUAAAGUUUAAAUAUGUGGAUUUUAAGUAUCUUUACUGAUAAAUAUAAAAUAUCUCUUCACACAUUCAUCUUUGCCCAAAAUCCAUAUGUCUUGAAUGAAUACUGUUCUUGCACCAAAAUCCUUUUUUACCAUAUUACUAGCCCUAAAUUGCCCUGUCCCAAUUUUUUGUGGAAUGUGAAUGCAAGUCUGAAAAGUAGGGAUGGAUUUAUUAAUGUAAGGAAUUUUUUGUAUGUGUUGUAUGUGUUAAAGUUUUAAAUAUAUGGAUUUUUUCUCAAUCAACUUGAUAAAAAUAGUCUUUUAAACGUUUGUAAGGUGGAUAUUUAAUAGCGUGGCAUCAAUCAAAAGAACCCUUUUCAGCACCUUUCUAAUAGAACAGUAAUUUGGUUAUUAAAUAUCAGUGAAUAUUCUUUUUAAACCCCCUAGUUUUUUUUCCCUCUUUUUUUUUUAAGCACCAGGGUUGUACACUGUACACUCUUUCUGUUAUAGAACUGUGAUGAUCAUGAUGUCAGUUAUGUUAGCUGUAUUAUUAUAUGCAUAUUUAUUUAAAGGUACAGAAACAAGUAUUUGGGUUCAGUGGGACGAGGAAGAAUGGGAUUAUUCUUAUGUAGAGUUAUGUAGAGUAACUCUGCUUUCCAGGUGGGUGUUUCCCCUGGACCUGUGUAAUGACCAACCUGGGAUUAUUUGGUUAGGCACUGGUUGGAACCAGAUUCACCCCUAUUAGUUUCUGUUGAGGAGAAUUGAUUGCCUUGGAUGUCUUUAUAGAACUUUAUCAUAGAGCUAGAAUUCUAGAAUCAACACUGCCGCCCUCAAUAUAAUGGCCCGUCUCCUCAUUAGCCUGUGUUUAUGCAUCUACAGAGUAUAUCCACUGUAACGGCUCAGCACACCUCCUGAUUCAUUACUAAUUAUAUAACACUGAUAAGUACAGCAGAAUUGCAUGUUUUAACCAAAGUUAGUCCCUUUAUUUGUAUCUCAUUAGUUGACGUGCUUCAGAAGCGAAAAUGUACCACAAUGAAUGAAUGUCUUCCGGGGGGCGGGGUCUUCAGGUCUUCAGUGUAUUCUCAUGUGCAUGUUUAUCCAGGGACCACCCACUAUAGAAAGGUUGAAGAAGAAAAAAAACAAGAAGAAGAAGAAGAAGGUUGCUGAGGUAGUUUAGAUUACUGUUGUUGCAAGAAAUACCAGAAGCUCUCAGUAUAUCUUAUACAGCUUUCUAGGAGAAGAGCACGUGAGCUUCCCAGCGAUAUUUUAACAGAUAAGAAGAAGAUUUAGCUUCUAUAAAUAAAGGCUUUAAGGAUUUUUUUUUUACCUAGAGUUCAAAAAGUGGAAACAGUGUGCAUUUAAAAAGGUACUACAUAAACGCAAACAUGGGAAAUCUCACUUUAGAAGCUUAACUUUACCCCUGCACUAAGCAUAACGCAGACUGUUUCCUUUACCAUCAUUUUCUGCAUUUUGUAACGGCAAUGUGUGUUGCAUGUGUUGGUGAAUAUACAGUCCAUGCAGCAUAUUAUGACCACCUCUUUCCAAUACUUUCAGCUCAACUGAGCCUAUAAGACAUUUUGUAGUUCUAGUAUGAUAACAGACUGUAGUUGUUGUAGUUGUAUCUGUUUUACUGCAUACUUUAUUUAUUAUACUCCUUUUUAUCCUGCUCUUUAAUGACCAGGACCCUGCAAGACCACCACAGAGCAUAUAUUACUUGGGCGGUGGACCACAGCAGUGCUGCUGGAGUUUUUAAACAAUUCAGUGUUAUUGUUAAACUGAGAAUAGUCCACCAACCAGAAAUAUCCAGCAAUAAGUGUCCUAUGGGCAGCAUUCUGUGGUCACUGAUUAAGGACGUUCUAGAUAAUUACUAUAUUCAUAACACAAAGAAUGUGCAGCAAACAGAUUCAGAGCUACUGCCUCUGACUUUACAUCUAUACAACCCUGUGUUCACGCUAGAAUGCGACGAGUCGCUCGUGUCGCCCCGUGUUUGGGGCUUGUGGGCGUGUCAUGGUCCAGCAUUUGACAAGAAAAAAAUGCACAAAAAAAGUUUUUUGCUUCAACGGCCCUGAAAAAAAAAACAUCAUUUAUUAAAUGUGUGUUUGUACUUAGUAUGUAUUUGAUACCUAAAUUAAGAUAUAACUAAAAUGGUUAAAAUAAAAUUGAUGUUAAUAAGACAUGGUGAAUGUUCUUUUUUUAUAUAACAUUCACCAUUAAGUCAUUUUAGUCCUGUUUGAAAAAUAUACAUUUUGAAAGGAAAUUAGGGCAUAAAUAUGAGAAAUAAAUAUAAGGAAUCACUUGGCCACUUUAUUCUGCAGCUGUGACUCCCGAGCGUGAUAGACUUUCUUUAGUUUCUGUGAUUUACCUGCGCUGGAAAUGUAGCUAUUUCCAUGUUUUCCCAAGCGUAUCCAUGUUUUCUCUACAAUGGUAGGAACGAAAUGCGAAAGGAACCAAAAGUUCAGAGAGCAGAAUCCUGAGGACUUCGGACUGCCUUGUAAAUGAUAGGUCCACAGAAAUGCUAGUAGCCAAUCGGAUUAGAAUGUCGCUUCACAGUGUCAUAAUUAAUUUGUGUAAAACUGAGAAAAUUUUAAAUCCGUGUCGCUUGGCGCUUCUUGCGACAACAAAUUGCGCCCUGCUAUAGGAAAUGUGAGUGUUUAAAAACUCCAGCAGCACUGCUGUGUCAAAACCACUCACUGUAGCAGCACAACACACCAACACCAUGUCAAUCAGUGUAACUGCAGUGCUGAGAAUGACCUAUGGUGGUCUCUCCUGUAGGGUCCUGACUAUUAAAGAACAGAGUGAAGGGUGGAUAAUAAAAUAUGCAGGGAAACAGAUACAGAACUGCAAAGUUUCCUAUAUGAAUGUAGGAACAAAAAGGUGGUGAUAAUAUUAUGUUUGGACUUUGUAUAUCUGGGCGUAUUUGAAUUCGAGUUCCACAUGGUUCAUCUCCAUCUUUUAAUAAGCUACCAGUAAAGAAGACGCAGUAUGUUGUUUAUGAGGCCUGAGCCCGCAUGUGUCAAUCAUCUCGAAAGCAUAGGAUCAGGACGUUCUAGUCAAAAACUGAUCCCGGAUCCACAUUUCGAGCAGUUUGUUUUGAUGCAUGCGGCCUCAGAACUGAGCUCAGUGCCAGUUGUUGAAUGUGACACAGCAAGAGUGUGAUACUAUACAAUUUGCAACCUUUUGCACAAGCACUGCAAAACUUUCUGUACAGUGUCACUUUUUAAAUCUAGUGCUGUUCACAAAUAAAAAUUGUUUUUAAUGCAUUUUUUAAAUGUUUGCCACUGUAUUUUAUACAACGCAACACACACCACAUCAGAUUAGAAUGUUUCCUUCUCUCGUAUAUAAGCAGUAUAUUGCUGUGUAUUAUAUAAAUAUAUGUAUAUGAAACUGUAUAUUGUGAAUACUAACAGAGUUGAUAAUAAAAAAAAUAAGACACAGUUAUGUAGAUGAAUAAAACAACCGAAUGCCUA